AUGACUCGAGGAAAUCAGAGAGACAAGGCUCGUGAAAAGAACCUCAAAGACCAGGCUGGACAGAAAAAGAAGAAUACCCAAAGCGGUACCGAGUUUGCAAAGACCAAAGAGGCCCAAGCUGCUAUUAUGAGAGAAAAACAAGCAAAAGCGGCAGCAAAAGCAGCCGGCGACGGCGCUGCUCCAAAACAGAAAUAA